AUGUCCGUUUACACCCCCCAGUUGACCGAUAUCCAGGACCGGACGCUGGAGUUCCAGCAAUGCGUGGCCUCCUUCAACCGCCUUAACAAAACCAAGCCCAGUCCGGCGGCGAACGCGCCACCCAAGAAGAGCGAAUUCUCGCUCCGCGCCAGCGCCGUCGCAACAGAUAUUGCCCACACACUUGGGAUGUUGAGCAAACUCGCAAUGUUGGUGAAGAAAAAACCGCUUUUCGACGACAAGCCGGUAGAGAUUGCGCAGUUGACCAACGUCAUCAAGCAGGACAUUUUCCGCAUCGAGCGGGCGUUGAAAGACCUCCUGGUAUUUACCAAGGGCGGCGCUGAGCCCCAGGCGGCCACUCACUCGAAGAACGUGGUUCAGAUCCUCAGCACCCAGUUUAAGAACAUUAGUGGUGAUUUCAAAACGGUUUUGGAGACGCGGCAGCGGAACGAGCAGCUGAACAAGAGCAGGCAAGAGCAGUUUCUCUCGGCGGUGUCAUCGAACGUGGUGGCGGGCAGCGCUACCACAUCGGAAAAUCCAUUCAUGGCGCUGGAUAACCCGUUUUUAAGCCGUUCCGCCACACCCUUUGCCGACACGGAUACCUCGCCGUACGGCGACUACCUCACACUUCCGGACCAAUCACAGCAGUUGAUGCUCAUGGAGGAGCAGAGCGUGUACUUGCAGGAUAGAAACCGUGCGGUGGAAACCAUUGAGUCAACCAUCAACGAGGUGGGCAACUUGUUCCAGCAGUUGGCAACCAUGGUCAGUGAGCAGGGCGAGACCAUUCAACGAAUCGAUACUAACGUUGAGGAUAUCAGUAUGAACAUCCAGGGCGCCCAGCGCGAGUUGUUGAAGUAUUAUGCGCAUAUUUCUAGCAACCGAUUCUUCUUUCUCAAAAUAUUUGCCGUGAUUAUGGUGUUUUUCAUGUGCUGGGUGUUGGUGUCGUAG